AUGGAAAAAGCUGUGGCUAUCGGAGAGGGAGUAGCACUGACUGGUUGUGGUCUUGUAUUAACUCUAGGUAGUGGUGAUAUAUUAGGAGUUUUAGUUGGCGGUACAUAUUUGGCCGGUGGCAUUAGUUCUGCUGUUCAUGAAACUAAAAAGACAAUUGAAGUUGAAAAAAUUAAUCCUGAAUCAUUUUUGGCCGAUCUUGAACCCGGAGUAGCAAUCGGAGCGUUAACUAGCGGAAUUGGUGCUGCUGGUGCCGCAUCCAGAGUUAUAUCGAAAGAAAUGGAUGACGCUAUACAUGGAGAAAGUGAUCCUUCGUCCGCUACAUAUAUAGAAAGUGCUGUUGAGGGAGCUAUUGACAGAGCCGACAGCCACGUCAGUUCCAAUAUAACUAAAGUAAUCCCCACGGAUAUUGAAAAAAAUAGCGCACGAAUUGUCACUACUGCAACAACUGCUGGCGCUGCUGAUGCAUCAGUUCAAGAAAUCAACAUGCCUGAGAAAAAUCAAGAAGAAUAUGAUGUCGACCGAACUGUAAAAAGUGCGGCGACAGGCGCUACUGUGGCAACCGGCCAAGAAGUAAUAAAAGAAGAACUCUAUCGUGCAAACGGUGAAAAAGUUCCCGAAGAUGUUCAAAACGAUGUAGUUAGUGGAUAUGAAAACUUGAAGAAAAUACCUGAAGGUGCAUUAGAACGAAUACAAGAACUUAAUUUUCAAUUUGAAGGUGUAGACAUUGGCAAUUUCCAUGAAAAAAAUUUGAUUCUGGAAUGUGACAACCAAUUGCUAGUAUUAAGAAACGAAUUAAAGACUGUGAUAGGUCAGUUAAAGGCUGCAGCCGCAUUAAAGACUGCGUCAUCUGAGUCAAUGACUGUACUCGGACAUCAGCAAGUGAAACUUCGAGAAAAGAUAAAGAGUGUAAGUCAAAUGAGAAAAGCAACAAUUGCCAUGCUUGUACCCGAACCACCAUCAUAUUUUUUUAUGAAUGAAGACAAUGCUCAUUUACUGGCAGGAAUUAAGAAAGGACAAGUGGCUUUUGAUAUUAAAACACCGGGCGUUGAAGGAAGAGGACUAAGAAGAGCAGUAUUUGACUUUGAUCCUAAAGCUCCGAAAGGUACAGAGCUCAAAUUCGUCGGUUAUACUGAUGAUCACGAUUAUUCAAAAGUGCCAAAUUUUGGUGAAGGAGAUUAUGAUUCAAUUCGAGACUCUUACAAAACAGCAUCCACUUUAAACAGUAAUUUUACCGACAACCAAGUAAUUCAAAAUCAGUAG